UCGAAGUGCCGCGAAGAUGAAUAUCCAGGUGAUGCCGGAACAUAAACUAUCGUCAGUGGCGCCGCUCAAGAUGUACAACGUGGAGAAGAAGGACGUGGAGCUGAUUCUGGUGAAGGACCAGAACGGGGUCCAGUACACCAGUUCGUCCAUCCUCGCCACCCCUGCAUCCUGCACCCGCAUCCGCACUUCUGGCUCCGCGGAACAAGACGACAGAGAGACUUGGGGCAAGAAACUCGACUUUCUGCUGUCGGUCAUCGGCUUUGCUGUGGACCUGGCCAAUGUCUGGAGGUUCCCGUAUUUGUGCUAUAAGAACGGGGGAGGGGCAUUUCUGAUCCCAUACCUCCUGUUCCUCUUCAUUGCGGGCAUGCCUCUCUUCUACAUGGAGCUGGCCUUGGGCCAGUAUAACCGAGAAGGGGCAGCCACCGUGUGGAAGAUCUGCCCUGUGUUCAAAGGUGUGGGCUACACCGUGAUAAUCAUCGCUUUGUAUGUGGGCUUCUACUACAACGUCAUUAUAGCCUGGUCCAUCUACUACCUGUUUUCCUCAUUCACAAGCGAGUUGCCUUGGCAACACUGUAACAACACGUGGAACAGUCCCUUGUGCAAAGACCCCAAGCACUUCAAUAGCUCCACCUCAUUGGGCAACACCCCCUAUGCCAAGUACAAGAGGACACCUGCUGCUGAGUUCUACACACGUGAGGUCUUGCGCCUCCAUGAAAGCCACGGCAUCCAUGACCUGAAGGAGCCCCGCUGGGAGCUGAGCCUCUGCCUGGGCUUGGUGGUCUUCAUUCUCUACUUCAGUCUCUGGAAGGGCGUCAAGUCCUCGGGGAAGGUGGUGUACAUCACGGCCACGAUGCCCUACGUUGUACUGCUGGUGCUUCUGGUAAGAGGGGUCACCCUCCCUGGCGCUAUGAACGGAAUCCGUGCAUACCUCCACAUUGACCUCAAUAAGCUCAACGAUCCUCAAGUCUGGAUUGAAGCAGCCACUCAGAUUUUCUACUCUCUUGGGGCAGGUUUCGGAGUCCUUAUCGCCUUUGCCAGCUACAAUAAAUUCAACAAUAACUGUUACAGGGAUGCCAUCCUAACCAGCACCAUCAACUGCAUCACCAGUUUCUUCUCAGGGUUUGCCAUCUUCUCCGUGCUGGGCUACAUGGCCCACGAGCAUGGUGUCAGCAUCAAGGAGGUGGCCACUGAAGGGGCUGGUCUAGUGUUCAUUAUCUACCCAGAGGCCAUCUCCACACUUCCUGGCUCAACUUUCUUCGCCAUAUUCUUCUUCAUCAUGCUCCUCACCCUCGGCAUAGACAGUUCAAUGGGCGGUAUGGAAGCAGUCAUUACUGGACUCACAGAUGACUUCAAAAUCCUGCGGAGGAACAGGAAACUGUUCACAUUCGUCACUGCCUUUGGGACAUUCCUGGUUGCCUUACUCUGCAUUACUAAAGGAGGAAUCUAUAUCUUUACCCUGCUGGACACCUAUGCGGCGGGGACUUCUAUUCUGUUUGGGGUUCUUGUGGAGGCCAUAGGGGUGUCCUGGUUUUAUGGUGUGGACAGAUUCAGCGAGGACAUUGAACGGAUGAUGGGUUUCAAGCCAGGACUCUAUUGGAGGCUGUGUUGGAAGUUCGUCAGCCCUGUUUUUCUGCUGGUUGUGGUGUUAGCUAGCAUAGUUACUACCAGUGAGCUUAAAUAUGAGGACUACGUCUUCCCCCGCUGGUCUGUCUGGAUGGGAUGGGGCAUUGCCUUGUCUUCUAUGUUAUUUGUGCCCUUCUAUGCCAUCUACAAGUUCCUCAGUUUGCCAGGCACAUUCAAGCAGAGGAUAGCAUACUGCAUCACCCCUGAGCAUGAACAUCACCUGGUAGAAGAGGGGAAUGUCAGGCAGUUUAAGCUCAAGCACUGGCUGGCCAUCUGAUGUGGGCAUUGGGGCUGAAGAACCUUGGAGGAGAUGUGCUGUAGUGUG